GGCUCCUCUGUGGUGACGGUGCUGUCUGUACCUGGAGGUCUCAGCUCCACCUGUGGAUCCUCUGACAGCAGCAGUAUGGGAGUCUCCGCGUCCAGUCUUCUGGAUGAAAACAAAUCAAACUACAUCAAAGGUCAAGCCGAGGCUGAGCUGAAGGAGUUCAGUCCGUACUACAGGAAACAGUUCUCUGUGUCCAGGUUCUCUCAGCUGGAGGAUGAGUUGGAGCAGCACAAGCCCAAGAUCACACAGCUGCUCAAACAGAGGCAGGUGGCUCCUCAAGAGGCUGAGGUUCUCUACGAGGAGUCCCUCUUCUACUUUGACGACACCAGGAAGUGGAAGGAGCGCUACGUGGUGGUGAGGGCCAACUACUGCCUGGAGUGUCACGAGGGUCUGGAAACUUAUAUGAAAGGGGUUCCCCCACAUCACAAACUGCUGCCCACAGGGGGCAGUGUUCUGACCACAGAGGAAAAGUACAUGGCCAUGGUGGACAAAUGUUUCCCUGAUGACACCAACGUGAAGGAAGACUUUGCCCCCCCCCUGACGGGAAUGCCGGGUCAGUUCCCAGUGUACCUGCGUCUUCCCUACAGGAGAGAUUCCUACUUCUGUUUCAGACAGCAGGCCAAACAGGAAGCCUUCCUCUCCAUCAUGUCCGACUGUAUCAGACACCAGAACCAAGACUUCCUGAAGAAGAAGACCUGUGAGGUCCAGGCCUUCCUCAAAGCCAUCCAGCUCUACCGACAGGACAAGGACAAGUACGAGGCCUGGGACAUGCUGAUAGGAAGUGAUGUCAGAGUGAUGGCCAACAUGGUGAUGGAGAAGCUGCUCCCGUCUCUGGAGAAAGAAAUGCUGCCUCGUCUGAAGGCCAAGAAGACGGAGAAGAAGAGAGUCUGGUUUGCUACGGUGGAGGCUGCCUACAUCCUGGUCCAGGAGCACCUUCUGGACGGACUGUCUGCACUGAAGGAAGAGUGUCGUACCACGCUGCGUCAGCAGGAGGUGCUGAUCCAUUCAGACAUGGACCAGAUCAUCAACACCAGGCAGGACCUGGAGGAGAAGAUCAGAGCCAAGGUGUCAGAACCAGCAGAGAAGCUGUGCUCAGAGUCAGUGCAGCCGUACUUGGCAUCAGUCCUGGAGGAACUGAUGGAACCAAUCAGCUCUGGUUUCCAGGAGGGACGUCAGCUGAGCAACAACAUGAUGGACGGGUGUCAGCAAGUGGUGGCAGGAGGAGACAGAGAGGAAUUAAAAAAGGUUCUUGCUGCCAUGAGCAGACCAGACCUCCACCUGGUCUACCAGAGGAUGAGCUCGCUGCAGGAGAAGCUGCAGAAGCUGCAGGAGCGAUUUGGCUUCUCCAGCAUCACAGAAGUGAUUCACAGGGCUCAGAUCGACCUGCAGCUGCUGAUGGAGAACGCGGCCUCCACCUAUGAGCAGCUUCUGAUCAAGGUCCUGGAGGACAACCCAGAAAAUGUCAGCUUGGCCCUGGAGAAGGCCAAACACAGAGUGCUGAAGCAAUAUGACUACGACAGCAGCACAGUGAGGAAGAGGAUCUUCCAGGAAGCUCUGGUGUCCAUCACACUGCCCUUCAUCAAGAAGAACCUGGCUCCCACCUGCAAGACAGAGCUCCAGGGUCUGGACCAGUCCAUUGACCCGGACCACUCAAACUUCAUCCAAGUUGAGAACAUUUAUGAGAGCAUCCUCCUUCAAACCCUGCACAAGGAGGUCACCAAAGUGGUCAAAGAAGCAGCCAGUCUGAAGAAGUACAACUUGUUCACAGACAGUAGAGAUCUGGUCAGUCAGUCCAGCAGGUCCAGUCUCUACUCACUGUCCACACCUGUCCCUGGAAGCCCCAACAUGGCAGUGUCCUCCCCCUCUACACCGUCCUCCCCUCCUCUACUAGUCAAUGGUCUGUCCUCCACCCCACAGAAGGAAAGGAAGAAUGGUUCCGUGCAGAGUCAGAACCUGAUGGACUUGAUAGUUCAGACCCCACAGAUGGUCCAGACUGUCGUGACAGAGACGAGCCCUGGGACAGCAGACAGUGGUGGUCCAAACUGGACACAGAAAAGCAGUGUAAAGAAUGUGGUCAGCGAAGAAGAAGUGUCCUCUGUCUCUGCGACAGAGAAGCUGGAGGUAGAACCCGAGCGUGGUACACAUAGAACCGAGCCUGUAGAAGAAGCUGGGUCAGAAACAACAGCAGCAGCUCUGGAAGGUUUAAAGACAGAAGCAGAACCAGAAGUUCCUGCAGUGAACCCCGUCCCUUCCUCUGAGACAGAACCAGAAGUGCCUGCAGUGAACCCAGUCCCUUUCUCCAAGACAGAACCAGACGUCCCUGCAGAAAACCCAGAACUUACCUCUGAGACAGAACCAGAAGUUCCUACAGUGAACCCAGUCCCUAGCAAUGACACAGAACCCACAUCAGCAGUGGAAGGUGGUUCCCAGGCAGAGGACAGGUCAGAGGCUCCCUCUAGUGGCGAAAAAGCAGUAGUUACACCUGUAGAUGAAGGAGUGGAGGAUGAUCCUAACUCUGUGGAUGUGUCAUUAGGCAGCGAGUCUCCACCUUCUGAUGUAAAGUCAGAGGAAGUUAAAGACACACCAGAGGAGGUCUCCACAACCUCAGAUGUCCUGGAGGACGAAGGUGGCAUCAGCAAAACUGCAGUGACUUCAGACUAUGCACCAGAGGACAUUCCUCCUCAGAAUCCAGGAUCCAAAACUGAAGACGUUGGAGUUUCUGAUGACGCUGAAACAGGAGUCAGUAUCAUCUCUCCUGAGUCUGUCCCUGAAGAGACCCCGUCCAGCCCCACUGCCCGGCCUUUGGACUGCGUCAAAGACAUCCGCGACCUGGUGGUGGAGGUGAUCGACGUGGAGGAGCUGGUCCAGCAUUAUCCCAGCGGCAUUCCCCAAGAGGAGUGAAGCAUCAGGACUGAUUCCAGGGGUCUUCUGGCAGGACGAGGACAGAAAUGGUUCUAAAUGUUUCUCUGCUGUCUGCUGAAAUAAGUACCAGACCAAAACUGUAGCUCCUCUUUCUAACAGAACUUUCCAUCAAACAUCGACGUUCCUCCACAGGGUGGACACUUUCAGACGUCGACACACAAAUCCACAAAACUACAUUUAAAUUAUUUAUAAAAGUCAUUUAGACGAAACCAACACAGCAGCUGUUCAAACAGAGAGUGAUGUCAAACAGAAACACACAUUUUUAAAAGUUACUUCAUCACCAGAGCGUUUAUGAUGUGAAACUACUUCAUCACAGUACAGUUUUGUAAAUUAAUACUUAUUACUUCAAUUAUGCUGCAGUAGUAUAUAGUUGGAUAUUAUAAAACAAACUUCCUCUGUUCUGACGGUGAAUUCCUGUUCUUGUCUGAGCUGCAGUCUCUGCACGUUCCCAUUGAUUCCCCCCCGGACCCUCCCACACACACUGACCUACUACAGCACUGGAAUUAUUACACCACAUGAAUUAAAAUAACCCCCCCUCCACCCCACUCCAACACUAGCCCAGCUUCCCCACCCACACUGAGUAGAACAAGUGAGAAACUUUAACUGUUUAUAAUAAAAAUAA